UUUCCACCCUCCGCCCCCCUCCCUAGCUAACUUCCUUCCAGCGUUUCCUGAGCUGGAUGAUCCUAGGAUUUGUAAGACAGGAAAAAAAGGAAGGCGUGAGGGCGGGCAGGAGGGACAGGAUGCUUGUUUUUCGCUCUACCAAAGCCGACUGAAGGCGAGACAGCGGGCCCAGGGCGCAGGACCCACCGCAGCCCCCUGGGCAGUCUUCUCACCCCGCGUCCGCGUCCUUUCCGGGGCACUUAAGAAGCGGGGGGAGAGCUUGCCCUCCCUCCUAAGCGGAGGAGGAACACCCGAAGACACCGCAGGAGCCUGUGAAAGUCCCUGGGACUCCAAGUGAGGAAGUGACACUCCCAGGCGAGCCGGCCCGCGGCUGCCAGUCUGACGGCCUCGGCACGGCGGCCCCGGAGCGGCGCGGGGUGGAUCUCAGGCUCUGCCGGCCCGCGCCCCGCGGGGUCCAUGCGCAGGGCCCCCAGCCCAGGUUCUUCCAUCUUCCGAUGCGGCCCCCCAGAGCCGCGGGGCAGCCGGUGAUCUAGCCCGGGAGCCCAUCUUACAGCGGUGCCAAGCAGAGGGGCGGCAGAGACGGAGGGGCAGCCUCUUUGGGACUAACUCAUGAAGAACAAGGGUGCCAAGCAGAAGUUGAAACGAAAGGGAGCCGCCAGCGCGUUUGGCUGUGACCUGACGGAGUAUCUGGAAAGCUCGGGACAGGAUGUUCCAUAUGUUUUGAAGAGCUGUGCAGAAUUUAUAGAGACUCACGGCAUCGUGGAUGGAAUCUAUCGGCUUUCAGGCGUCACCUCAAACAUACAACGGCUAAGGCAAGAGUUUGGCUCAGAUCAAUGUCCAGAUCUGACAAGGGAAGUGUACCUCCAGGACAUCCACUGUGUGGGCUCGCUCUGCAAGCUCUACUUUAGGGAGCUGCCCAACCCCCUCCUGACUUAUGAGCUCUAUGAGAAAUUCACGGAGGCAGUGUCACAUUGCCCUGAAGAAGGCCAACUGGCCCGAAUCCAAAAUGUUAUCCAGGAGCUUCCUCCAUCCCACUAUAGGACCUUGGAAUACCUGAUUCGACACCUGGCCCAUAUCGCCUCCUUCAGCAGCAAGACCAACAUGCAUGCCCGGAACCUGGCCCUGGUGUGGGCGCCAAACCUCCUCAGGUCUAAAGAAAUUGAAGCCACUGGUUGCAAUGGAGAUGCAGCCUUCCUUGCAGUCCGGGUCCAGCAGGUGGUGAUUGAGUUCAUACUGAAUCAUGUAGAUCAAAUCUUUAACAACGGUGCACCUGGGUCGCUGGAGAAUGAUGCAAACCGGCCUAUCAUGAAGAGCCUGACCUUGCCAGCCCUCUCCCUGCCCAUGAAGCUGGUGAGCCUUGAGGAAGCUCAGGCCCGCAGCCUGGCCACUAACCAUCCUGCUCGCAAGGAAAGGAGGGAGAACAGCCUGCCUGAGAUUGUCCCUCCCAUGGGCACCCUCUUCCACACCGUCCUUGAGUUACCAGACAACAAGCGAAAGCUCUCCAGUAAAUCAAAGAAGUGGAAAUCAAUAUUUAACCUGGGACGUUCUGGAUCGGACUCCAAAUCAAAACUGAGUAGAAAUGGGAGUGUAUUUGUGAGAGGACAGAGGCUCUCGGUAGAAAAGGCUACUAUCCGACCAGCUAAAAGCAUGGACUCACUGUGUUCAGUGCCUGUGGAAGGAAAAGAAACCAAGGGAAAUUUCAAUCGAACAGUUACCACCGGUGGAUUUUUCAUUCCAGCAACAAAGAUGCACACCACCGGCACCGGCAGCUCAUGUGACCUCACCAAGCAGGAGGGCGAAUGGGGCCAGGAGGGGAUGCCUCUGGGGGCUGAGGGCGGCUUUGAUGUCCAUCUCCAGGGCGCUCAGGCCCGGCCCCCACCGGAACAACUGAAGGUUUUCAGGCCUACUGAGGAUCCGGAGGGCGAGCAAACAGCCCCAAAGAUGCUGGGUAUGUUCUACACUUCGAACGACAGCCCUAGCAAAUCCGUCUUCACCAGCAGCCUCUUCCAGAUGGAGCCGUCGCCGCGUCACCAGCGCAAGGCGCUGAACAUCUCCGAGCCCUUUGCGGUGUCUGUGCCGCUCCGCGUGUCCGCCGUCAUCAGCACCAACAGCACGCCGUGCAGAACACCCCCGAAGGAGCUGCAGUCUCUUUCCAGCCUGGAAGAGUUUUCUUUUCAUGGAUCAGAGAGCGGAGGCUGGCCAGAAGAAGAGAAACCGCUGGGAGCUGAGACUUCUGCAGCUUCUGUACCUAAGAAGGCAGCUCUUGAGGAUGCCAAGCCAGUACCUGAAGCACCUGGGACAGUGGAAUGCAGCAAAGGCCUAUCCCAGGAGCCAGGCGUCCACCUGGAGGAGAAGAAAACCCCAGAAAGUUCCUUGAGCUCUCAAAAUUCAAAUGAAUUAGAGAAGAGACCAAAUCCGGAGAAGGUGGUGGAGGAGGGACAAGAGGCUGGCCAGAUGGAGUCCAGCGCCCUGCAGGAGAGCCCCAGGGCCAGAGCCGAAGUUGUCCUUCUCCAUGAGAUGGAUGAAGAUGAUCUGGCCAAUGUCCUGAUCUGGCCCGAGAUUCAACAGGAGCUGAAAAUCAUUGAAUCAGAGGAGGAGCUCUCAUCGUUGCCACCUCCUGCUCUGAAGACCAGCCCAAUUCAGCCUAUUCUUGAGUCGAGUCUGGGACCCUUUAUUCCCCCCGAGCCUUCUGGGAGCUUGCCUUGUGGCUCCUUCCCGGCUCCAGUCUCCUCCCCUCUGGAGGUGUGGACUAGGGAUCCAGCCAAUCAGAGCACACAGGGGGCUUCCACAGCAGCCAGUAGAGAGAAGCCGGAGCCUGAGCAGGGCGUGCACCCAGACCUCGCCAGCCUGGCUCCUCUGGAAAUAGUUCCAUUUGAGACGGCAUCUCCACAAGCAACAGUGGAAGUAGGAGGCCCAGGGAAUCUGUCUCCUCCACUCCCACCUGCUCCUCCCCCUCCAACUCCUCUGGAGGAGUCACCUCCAGUCCUGCUUUCAAAGGGCAGCCCGGAAAGAGAAGACUCAUCCAGGAAAUUGAGGACAAAUCCCUACAUAGACCAGCAGAAGUCCCAAGACAGCCCUGAGGUCUCUAACCGCUGUCAGGGAGAGGAGGCCACCCCAAGACACAGUGACAAGCAAAAUUCAAAGAAUGUUGCUUCCGAGGGGAAAGGCUGUGGUCUUCCAGGCCCAACCAGGGAGGUUGAGAUCGCCUCACAAGGAGAGGAGGAUGUAACCCAUUCAGUACAGGAGCCUUCAGACUGUGACGAAGAUGACACUGUGACAGACAUUGCCCAGCAUGGCCUGGAGAUGGUGGAGCCCUGGGAGGAACCCCAGUGGGUGACGAGUCCCCUUCACUCUCCCACCCUGAAAGACGCGCACGAGACCCAGGUACAGGGCCUUCAGGGUCACCAAUUGGAGAAGAGGCUUUCCCACAGGCCCAGCCUUCGCCAGAGCCAUUCUCUAGACAGUAAACCCACGGUUAAAAGCCAGUGGACUCUCGAGGUUCCCUCCUCCAGCAGUUGUGCUAAUCUUGAAACAGAGAGGAAUUCUGACCCUCUUCAGCCCCAGGCACCCAGGAGAGAGAUUACUGGGUGGGAUGAGAAAGCCCUGAGGUCCUUCAGAGAGUUCUCUGGCCUGAAAGGGGCAGAGGCUCUUCCCAACCAGAAGGGACCACGUGUUGUGCAACCCAAGCCAGCAGAGACCAGCCCCAUCAGCCUAGCAGAGGGAAAGGAACUGGGGACACACCUGGGGCACAGCAGGCCACAGAUUAGGCAAGGUGAUGUUCCUGGGCCAGAGAGCAGCAAGGAGACUUCACCCAGCAUGCAGGACAGCCCUUCACCUGGAGAGCACCCCACAAAGUUACAGCUGAAGAGCACAGAGUGUGGGGCCCCAAAAGGGAAAAACAGGCCUUCUUCCCUCAACCUGGACCCUGCCAUUCCCAUUGCUGACCUCUUCUGGUUUGAGAAUGUGGCCUCAUUUAGUUCACCUGGAAUGCAGGUCUCUGAGCCGGGAGACCCGAAGGUCACAUGGAUGACCUCAUCUUACUGUAAAGCAGACCCCUGGAGGGUUUACUCCCAGGACCCCCAGGACCCUCAGGACCUGGACAUGGUUGCUCAUGCACUGACAGGCCGCCGUAACUCAGCUCCUGUGAGUGUGUCAGCUGUGAGAACCUCCUUCAUGGUCAAAAUGUGCCAGGCCAGGGCGGUCCCAGUCAUCCCUCCCAAGAUUCAGUACACCCAGAUCCCACAGCCCCUGCCCUCUCAGAGCUCAGGGGAGAGUGGGGUUCAGCCUCUGGAGAGGAGCCAAGAGGAAGCCAACUCAACCAGUGGGAGCACUCAGAAACUGGCCAAAGAUGAUUCUCCCUCCUCCCUGGAAAGCCCAAAGGAAGAAAAACCAAAGCAAGAUCCCGGAACCGUUAAGUCCUCACCAGUGGAUGCCACUGCACCGUGCGUGUGCGAGGGGCCCACCCUUUCUCCAGAACCAGGCUCAUCGAACCUGCUCUCCACCCAGGACGCAACAGUGCAAUGCAGAAAGCGCAUGUCAGAGACAGAGCCAUCUGGGGACAACCUUCUUUCUUCAAAACUAGAGCGACCAUCUGGGGGUUCUAAGCCUUUCCACAGGUCAAGGCCAGGAAGACCUCAGAGCCUAAUCUUAUUCAGUCCUCCUUUCCCCAUUAUGGACCACCUGCCCCCCUCAUCCACAGUGACAGAUUCCAAGGUCCUGCUGUCCCCUAUCAGAAGUCCCACCCAGACAGUUUCCCCUGGCCUUCUUUGUGGAGAGUUGGCAGAAAACACAUGGGUCACACCAGAAGGGGUUACACUUAGGAAUAAAAUGACCAUCCCUAAGAAUGGCCAGAGACUAGAGACCUCCACUAGCUGUUUUUACCAGCCCCAGCGGAGAUCAGUAAUUCUGGAUGGAAGAAGUGGGAGGCAAAUAGAAUGAUUUCAGUUCACCUGCUGGUGUCUGAAAAAUAUCCUGAUUCAUCUGGAAGUUAUUACAGGGCCAGCUUGCCAUAUUCCAAGCACAGGUUAUCAAGUUUGGGCCUAUUUUGGCCUCUGACUUCUCUUUCUUCAGCCUUUUGACCACUUAUUAAUUAGUCCAUUUGCCAGAAGAGUGGUCAAGGGAAAAAACGAGAGAUGAAAUUUAGUUAAGUCUGUGUGAGCAAGUGAGAGAAGGUUAGGUAAGGGGAGAGGAUGGAAUGCUUACCUCCAAUGAACUUUGGAGCUUGUAUAUGAGUCGGAUUGCUCCCCUAUUUCUUUUAGCUAUUACUCUUGAGAGCUGGCUGUCCUUUGAAACAAAGAAAGAAUGUUCUUUGAAAGAAAGAAAAAUCUCUUGCUGUGUCAAACCUCAAAAUGUUGCUAUUGGGGUUAGAAGGCCUCCUCUUCAUGCUUUUUAAUGCUCUUUAAAACGUGUUCUUUUAGACCAGUUUUCUAAUAAGCUUUGUAAAGUGUACUAUCCAAAUUAGAAGUGGAUUUGGAAAUGCAAACUAACGUGCACUUAGAUAUCCAGGUGGGUGAGCUUACCCCUUCUUACCCAUGCUCUUUCCCUGGAAUCCCUGGAGACCUGUCCAAGAUGAUUUCCAUAUACCAGCAUAGAAAAUCAGAAUCAAGAGCAAACUCUGAGACUGGCACAAUCCAAGAAGAUUUCCUGGCUCUGGCUUUUAGUCAUUUGGGGCCCCAACUGCCACUGUACUGGACUGUAAUUUAUAAAUCCAGUAGCUGCGCAGGGUGGAGGCUGAGCUGAGGAUUACCGUAAUGAAAUGUACUAAAUCUUCAUUUAGGUAUGCAAUCGUGAAGUGAAGGCAUCUGCUUUCUUUACAGGAUCAAGAGUCCAAGAACAGGAUGUCAUCAUAGAUAAAAGCCUCACACAAAGGCAGAACUCCACUCCAAAUGUAAUGUGUUUAAAUUGGUGGGGCACUAGCAGAAAACACUUCUAGCUCAGCUUUACUCUUCUUCCACACUAGGCUGGGCCCAGCAGUACAGGAGAGAAUGAAGGGAGGAGCUCCAGGAGGAGAGGGAAGAGCCCUAGCAGGGUGAUCAUCACAACCACUCACUGAGAGUUGCCCUUCUUAAAAAUGUAUUUUAUUUUAGCCAAUGGGUCCCUUCCUAUCUCCAUUCCUCUCCACUGCUCAAGAACAGAUUUGAGGCCAGGUGCGGUGCCUCACAUCUGUAAUCCCAACACUCUGGGAGGCUGAGAUGGGUGGAUUGCUUGAGCCCAGGAGUUCAAGACCAGCCUGGGCAACACAGCGAGACCCCAUCUCUUUAAAAAUAACAGACUUGAGGAACCCCUCUCCCUUCCAUAAUUCCCCUCAUCCACCGCCCACUCUAGGCACUCACUCAAACUUGCUCUUCAACUCUGUAUACAAGCAGAAGCAAUAAACCAAUCUGAUUUUCUUUUCAAUUAUGUAUAACUUUCAAUGGUUCUUUCCUUUCCAGCUGGCGAGAGAAAGGAGAACUAAUAUACCUGCUGGCAGAUUUUUGGUGCUGCCCAAAAAAGGACUUCACAGGGCAUCUCUUCUCAGGUUCAAGCCUGGCUGAAUUCUGUCCAGAAGCUCAGUCAUUGCAGAAAUUUCUCUAAGGGCUCGGACAUCACAACCAAGGGUGAUUCUGGGCUUAGUGGGGGCUGAGAUGAAGUUACCUCCUCCAUUGAGAAAUUGGGAGCUGAUUCCCUGCAACAGAUACAUAUUCCUGUCUCUCUCUCUCUCUCUCCUCCCUCUCCCUUCCUCCCUCCCUUCCUCCCUGAUAAACCUUCCAGUUUUGAAAUCUUGUUCUGUACCUUUUAAGCCAGUGUCUGUGACGAGGGUAACUGGCAAGUCAGCUGAUGAGUUCUGCCUUCCGAGAGCACUGAGUGAGCAAGGCAUUUCAUCAGUGUUUUGGCCUCAUUGGGUGAGCAAGACAUUGGACCAACAGCCAAUGAGAUAUGAACCUGAAAGAAAAGUCCUAGAAUAUAGUAUUUUUCCCCUUGGCCAGCAAAGUCAAGAAAUAGAGUUGUGACAGAUGAGAAAGGCCAUGUUCAAGAGAUCUGAGAAGUACAUUCCUGCCUUAUCAGAAAAUGUGGCAGACAGGUUUUAUGUCAGCAUCAGUGCCCCUGCGGUGUCCACGCUUUGAUAAGGACCACGUUCCAGUUAGAAUGUGAGGGAGGGAAAGAGCUGCACUUUGCUUCACCAUCAGAACUCUGAGCCAAAUAAUGAAAUACAUAAACUAUUUUAUGAUUAUUUUAAAUGUUUGGUAACAUUUAUAAGAUAUAUUUUUAUUUGGGGAUAGACUGAGAAGCCACCAUUUACAUAUUAACAAGUGACUUCAGUUCUAA